AUGAGCCCGAACGGGGCUGGCCUCGAGCUGGCGGACCCGGGCGGCGCGGGCGGCCAGCAGGCCGGCGGCGGUGCGGCGGGUGGCAGCGAGCUGGCGCGCGAGGGCGUCUGCGUGGGCGUCUGCGGCGUGGAGGCGCGCGCGCAGCUCUGCGGCGCGACGGCGCAGCGGCCAGGCCGGCGGUGCGUGCGGGGCGGGCGGGAGGCCUGGCGCGACGGGCUCGAGCAGCGUCAGCGGCGCACGCGCGGGCCCGGAGGCGAAGCAGGUCUCUUCGAGCAGCCAGGUGCCGUCGCGGCGGAGUACGGUCCAGUCGCGGUCGAGCACGGGGUCGGCGGCGUAGUCUGCGGCGGCGAAGAGGUGGAAGGCGGCGGGGUCGCGCAGCCAGCGCGCGGCCGCGGGCGGUGCGAGCGCGAUGCCUGGCGCUGCGAUGCGGAGCGAGGCGAGCUCGUCGCCGAGCUCUGCGUGGGCCGUGAGGGCCUGGCCAUCGGCCCAGAGGGUGAUCGGAAACCGGGCGGGCAUGGGUUGCGGGGUGGGCGUUGCCGGCGGCGUGCAUUACUAAGAAAGCCGCGACGUUUCGCCGUUGCACACCACAUGCAAACGAGCGCAGAGAUGGGAGGCAUAAUAGAGGCGAUGCCUGCACUGGCGCAAGACGGCUACGCACUGGAGCAGGCGCCGCCCGAGCACUGCCCCGGGCCUGCGUCCGAGAACGCUGGCAAGGGCGAUGCCUGCCAGGGCUGUGCCAACAAGGACAUCUGCGAGUCGCUGCCCAAGGGCCCAGACCCGGAUGUGGCGCUGAUCACACAGAACCUGGCGCCCGUGCGGCACAAGGUGCUGGUUCUGUCCGGAAAGGGCGGCGUCGGGAAGUCGACCUUCUCGGCGAUGCUGGGCUGGGCGCUGUCUGCGGACGAGGCACUGCAGGUCGGCGUGAUGGACCUGGACAUUUGCGGGCCGUCUCUGCCGCACAUGUUGGGCUGUGUGAAUGAGACUGUGCAUGAGUCAAGCGUGGGCUGGACUCCGGUAUACGUGGCGGACAACCUGGCGGCGAUGUCGAUCCAGUUCAUGCUGCCGGAGGACGACUCUGCGGUGAUCUGGCGAGGCGCAAAGAAGAAUGCGCUGAUCAAGCGUUUCCUCAAGGACGUGUACUGGGACGAGCUCGACUACCUCGUUGUCGACACCCCUCCGGGGACCUCGGACGAGCACAUUACGAUCAACACUCUCUUGAAGGAGUCCGGCAUAGAUGGCGCGCUGGUGGUUACGACACCGCAGGAGGUUGCGCUUCUGGACGUUCGCAAGGAGCUCGACUUCUGUCGGAAGGCGGGGAUCCGUGUCCUGGGGCUGGUCGAGAACAUGAGCGGCUUUGUGUGCCCAUCGUGCGAAAACGAGUCGACCAUCUUCAAGCCAACAACAGGUGGUGGUCGCGCCUUGUGCGAGGAGCUGGGGAUAAAGUUCCUUGGAGCCGUGCCGAUUGAUCCGCGAAUUGGAAGAUGCUGCGACUCUGGCGAAAGCUUUUUGGACGCCUAUCCGGACAGUCCAGCGUCGACCGCCAUCAUGCAUGUGGUAGAGGCUCUCCGUGACGCCGUCGGCGACGUAUAA